AAAAAAAAAAAAAACCUCUCGAUCACCCACCCUGUUUGCGGCCACAGAGACUUGGAUGAAGAGCUAGCAUAGCUUCUCUCUCGCUCUCUCUCUCUCUCUCUCUCUCUCUCUCUCUUGGUCUCAUGAGUCAUGGCUCCUACCCUCACCUCCAAUUCAUUUAUACUCAGUACAACACCUCGUUCCAGGUCGAGGGUUGGUCUCAAGAACCCUAAAUUCACUAUACUUGCAGAGGCCCAAACAGGAGGAGGAGCCCCCAGUAGUAAGCUCGCCAGCUUCCUGCAGCAGUUCAAUUUGGAAAAGAUCGCCGAUGUGAAGUCUCUGGUACCAGUGGUUACUCAACCAUCGUCUGCUCUCUCUUUUGGUAACAGGGGACGAAAGGAUCCUGGCACUGUCUACGUUGCAGGUGCGACAGGUCAAGCCGGUGUUCGUAUUGCCCAAACCCUCCUCCGCCAAGGCUUCACUGUUAGGGCCGGAGUCCCAGAACUCGCUGCCGCCCAAGACCUAGCUCUUCUUGCUUCACAGUACAAGAUCAUAUCUCCGCAAGAAUCAAGGCGGUUAAACGCAGUCCAAUCCACCUUCGAAGACGCCAAAAGUAUCGCCAAGGUUAUCGGCAACGCCAGCAAAGUUGUGGUGACGAUUGGACCCGAAGAGAAUGGGCCGGCGAAGGAGGUGACGACCUCCGACGCCUUGCAGGUCAUACGUGGAGCCCAAUUGGCAGGAGUUGGCCAUGUGGCCAUAGUAUACGAUAGUAGAUCUCAAUCAGGGCCGUCCUCUACCUACAACGUUCUGGAUGGCAUCUCGUCCUUCUUCGGCAACCUCUUCUCCCCCCAGUCGCAGCCGUUGACGGUGGCGGAAUUCUUGCAGGAGGUGAUUCAGACGGAUGUCGGCUAUACCCUCAUCAAGACUAGCCUCACUGAGGACUUCUCCCCUCAGAGUUCCUACAAUGUCGUCGUCUCACCCGAAGGGAACUCCAGCGCCGCCGACUUCAAAGUAGCCAAGUCGCAGAUAGCAUCGAUCAUAGCCGAUGUGUUCUCCAAUACGGCCAUAGCGGAAAAUAAGGUGGUUCAAGUGUCUACGGAUCCGUCAGCGCCUCGGAAGGCUAUAGAGGAGCUAUUGAGUGCGAUCCCAGAGGAUGGAAGGAGGAAGGCGUAUGCAGAAGCACUGGCAAAGGCCAAGGCAGAGGAAGAAGCCAUACUAGCAAGUGAAAGGGCACGAGAAGCAGCAGAGGCUACGAAGAGGCUGGAAGAUGAAGUGAAGAAGUUGUCGGCGCAAGAAGCGGCAGCGACAAGCCUUGCGGAAGAAGCACGACAGAAGGCAGAGGAUGCAGGGGCAUCUGUAGAGACCCUCUUGAAAAAGGCUAAGGAUAUUGGUUCUGGGUUGUCCUGGGAAAAACUGAGUUCUCAGUUAUCCUCGGCUGUUCAGAAGAAGCCUGAUGAGGAUGAGAUUGAGCAGAAGCGGAAGGUGCAAAUCGCCACCAUCAGGGGACAGGCCAAAGCUCGGACCUUGCCUUCUCUGAGGGCGAUCCCCAAAGAAAAAACCCCUAAACCACCACCCACCUCAAAACCCAAGGUGGAGACAACAACCGAAGCGAAGCCAGAGGUCAGGAAGGUCUUCGGUGGGCUGUUUCAGCAAGAGACCAUCUACGUGGAUGAUUGAGAAGUUUUUUGUUCUCUUCCUCUCUCCUCUCUCUCUCUCUCUCUCUCUCUCUCUCUCUCUGAGAAAUGAUAAAUUCAGAACCAUGGAAAGGCAUCAUAACUCAGUAACAAUGAAUACAAUCAUCAGAGAGUUAUAUGUUGCA